AUGAUUAGUAUUGAUUUCAAUCAAAUUAUCAAAACAAUAAAAGAAAGAGAUAUCAGAAAAGUAUUGAAUGACUACAAUGAUAGAAACGAAUUGAUCAAUGACCUAUUCAGUCUUUUGAAUUCGCAUUUAACAAAUGAACAUAUUAUCGAUGAUUGUUUCUUUGUUUUGAAUCAAAUAGAUUCUAAGCACGAGAAUAUAUCAAACACAAUUUGGGAUGAUUUGACAUUGACAACAAAGGUCGAAUUACAAUCGAAAUCAUUGGAUCUACUUGAAUUGAAAUGUGAUCAUCUCAAAACAAUCACCAUUGAAUUCAUCAAGUAUCUUUAUCAUAAUCAUUGUAAUGAAAUAGAAUUCAAAUUUUCAUGUUUAGAAUUGAUCGAUGUUAUUUUAAAAGAGAAACCAUCUAAUGAACAAAUUAGUGAUUUUGAAUCAUUACUCUCAGAUUUGAUGACAAUCACUUUUGAACAACCCAAUGAAAAUACUUUGUACUUUAUUAAGCAUUUUGAAAUUAUCAGAAUACAUUUUACUGAUUUCGAAAUUGAAGAUGAAUCGAUGUCAGUCUAUCUCUACAGAAUAUUGGAUGAAUAUAUAAAGAGUGAAUCAUAUGAUUUUAGAACACUUAUAAGCUCCAUUAGUGAUUAUCAAAUUGGAGUAUAUCUCUUGGCGGAAAUUAUACAUUUUGUUUUCUCAAAGUUUUUAAAUAUUGACGAUAACGAUGUUAAAGAAUGGGAAUCAGAAUCAUAUUUGAAAAAAGACAUGGAAGCUCCAUACUAUGCAAUCGCUUGUUUACAUUUAUUGGUUGAAUUAAACUCUGAACUUGUAUACCAAAGAUUAAAAGAGCUUAAGGCUCGAGUUUUUAAAAAAGGUGAUUGGAAAGAGUUAUGUGGAUUAUCAAACCUGAUAUCAAUGGUGGUAGAAGAAUAUAUCAAUGAUCAAUCAUAUAUUGGUGCAUUUAAAUCGAUUAAGAAAUACUUUAUACAUCCACUACCAUACGUAAGAUAUAACUAUUUGGGUCUGGCACAUGUAAUUUUAGGCGUAGAACAACCAACUGAAGAACAAACUCUCGAGAUUUUAGAUAUCGUAUUAAGUUUGAAAGACAGUCAUUCAACAGUCCAAAAAAGCAUAUUACAUCUUUUGGAAUUACUUGUGGAAUUUGGAAAUUCAACAAUCAAAGAGAGUAUAGAUCGCAUUUUAGACUAUUGCUCUGAAUACAUUCAUAUCGAACAACCAAAAGGUAUUCUUGCUGGCGUUGUUGGCGUGAUAAGUAGCAUUGGCAAUAUCAUGUUUGAUAGUAUCUCCAACCGUGCCGAUACCUAUCUUUCAUUCUUUAUGUCAAUCAUUAGAAGCGAUCGAUUCGAUCCAUUAAGUGUUACCUUUGGUGUUGCUCUUGAAGCAAUCAGUAUCCUCGUUCUGGAAUCCAAAGGAUCGAUAGAUAGUGAUUUCGAAAAAUCAUUUGAAACCAUUGUGAUCAUUAAGAAAAACAUUCCGGCAUGCACUCACAAAUCAUCGGAUUACUACUCGAGAUCGAUGACACGAUUCGUACAAACACUUAGAGAUCAAUUCCAACCACACUAUGAAUUCUUCAUUCACUACCUCAUCAAUGCCCUCGACAUCACAAGCGAUGAACACGAGCAACUCUCAGUGGAUGUAUCGAACCAACGUAUUGAUAUCAUUAAAUUGACGAUUUCAUUUAUUUCAAUACUCGCCAACCAAACACAUCCACCAAUACAUCCUUACACCGGACAGUUUGUCACCCAGCUUUUCAAACUGAUCGAUUUCGAUCACGAUGAAAUCAAACAAGAAUCGACUCGAUUGCUUUCUCUUUUGUUAAGAAAAACAAUUGUGUAUUAUCGUCAAGUUACUGAUUACCGUGAUCUCGAGUCUUUCAACAAAUCAAAAAAAUACCUCGAAACAUUCAGUCAAACCAUUAUUAGUAAACUUGAACAGUCAAUUGAAAUCGAAGAGAACGAAGAAACAUUAGAAAUCAAAGAAAAUGAACUUAUAGAUAUUAAAUCACUCGAACUAAUUUAG